AUGGGCGCUGCUGUCAACAUCAGCACCCAGCUUGGUUCCUCCUCCUUCUUCCUUCUGGGGCUUCCAGGGCUGGAGAGUGAGCAGGUCUGGAUCUCCGUUCCCUUCUUCUUCAUCUACCUCAUGGCUCUCCUGGGCAACGCCACCCUGCUGUGGAUCAUCUGGACAGAGUCCAGCCUGCACAAGCCCAUGUAUCUCUUCCUUUCCAUGCUGGCGUUGACGGACAUGGCCUUGCCUACCUGCGUCGUCCCCAAGAUGCUGAGCAUCUUCUGGAUGGGGCCCCAAGAAAUCAACUUUGCCGCCUGCUUGGUGCAGAUGUUCAUGAUCCACUCACUCUGUGCGGUGGAGUCUGGGACGCUCACUGCCAUGGCUUAUGACCGAUACGUGGCCAUCCGCGCCCCACUCAGCUACACUUCACUGCUGACCGCUAACACUGUGGCUAAGCUGGGGGCGGCCAUUGCUAUGCGAGCCCUGGUGAUUGUCCUGCCUUUCCCUUUUCUAGUGAAGAGGCUGCCCUUCUGCCGCUCCCACCUCAUCUCGCACUCCUACUGUGAGCACAUGGCCCUGGUUAAACUGGCAUGUGGAGACACCACCCCCAACAACCUCUACGGGCUGAUUCUCUCCCUUGUCAUCGCUGGCAGUGACUUGUUCUUCAUCUUCGUCUCCUACGGGCUGAUCUUGCACGCUGUCUUCCGCUUGCCCUCGCUGGAAGCCCGGCACAAAGCCCUGGGCACCUGCGGGGCCCACGUGGGGGUCAUUGUGAUUCUCUACACUCCUGGACUGUUUUCUUUCCUCUGCCACCGCUUUGGCCACAACAUCCCCCACCACGUUCACAUCUUCCUUGCCAAUGUUUAUCUGGUGGUCCCAGCCAUGCUCAACCCCAUUGUCUAUGGCGCCAAGACCAAGGAGAUCCGUGACCGGGUGUUGGGGGCACUUCAAAUAAGAAAGAACGUCCUGUAG